UGCAACUUGUCUUCACGAGCCAACUAUGUCGACCGAACAGGUGCUGCACGACCGAGUUAACCUUGCGCGUCUUGUGCACAGACUGGAGAAGAUGGUCGCAGAUGAGACUUGGAUGGAAGACGUUGCUGGCUCCUCCACGUCAACCCCGGCAUGGAUCCGGACCCGUGGUACUCUACAGAAAGUGAAACACGCACGCAAGCUCUUGCAGAAUGUGGAAGUCAACGAUGAUGCUGUGGACUCGGCAGCACCCCGGCGGUACGACGAAUUCAGGAGAACCCUGGAUCGUCUGGAGAGUCUUGUGUCUGAAGUGGACAAGCGUGUCGCACCCAUAAUCUCGAAGCCAGUCCCUAUCCUUCCUAAUAUCCCACCGCCCAUCUCCGUGCCCGUCCCCAGCUCCGCUGAAGAAUCCCUGCCAGACACCGGGUCCAGUCCAUCCGACCCCACGGCAACCUUGCUACCUGUCGAGGAGACUUCCGCCAUUGCCGCUCAUGGACUCCUUCUCACCUCGUCCGACUCUCAUACGCUCCCGCGGGGCCCGAUCAACCCCAGCGAAGCGCUUUUACCACCGUCGCGACCUGCUGCAGCGGAGAAGUCCGGCACACAGGCGACCCCCGCGUUCAUGCAGAACUCCGCUGCUCUGCAGGAGGAGCUCUCGGCCCAGCUUGCGCAGAUGGCGACGCAGCUGAAGCGGAACGCCGUCCACUUCGCGAGCGCUCUGGAGAAGGACAACGCGGUUGUGCAGGAGACGCAGGAGAAGCUGGAGCGCAACCACGGCGUGAUGACCAAAGAGCGUGUCCGGUUGCGGGAUCACCACUCGAAAAGCUGGGGCACUACGUGGAUUACGAUGCUCAGCUUGUUGGUCGUGCUGAUCGGAUUCAUCAUGACCUUCCUCGUCAUACGGAUUACUUGAAUCUGUACGUGGCACCCAUGGUCUUAUUUACGUUUCCUCCGCUUGUCGCCUCGCGUUGCUUGUGCGUGCUGAGCAUGUCGUGAUCUACCAGCCGGCCAGCCGGGACUCCCCAUUGGCCGUAGUGACAGAUACUCUGAGCAUGCUUCUAUGCUUAACGACGCCAUGCCCCUCACCAGCACGACUUCACUGAUAU